AUGCCGCCGCCUCCGCACCAGAAGCCGGAGAACGUGUUGAAGCGCGCGCACGAGCUUAUUGGUGUCCACCAGGCUCCCGCCGCUCUCACCCUCCUCCAUGACCACAUCACCUCGAAGCGUUCGCGAAAUGUCCCCAUCGCGUCUCUGGAGCCCGUGAUGCUCCUCUUGGUCGAGCUGUCCGUCGAACAGAAGAAGGGCAAGCUCGCCAAGGAUGCGCUCUACUCCUACAAGAACAUCGCCCAGAACACCAACAUCGCGACCAUCGAACUCGUCCUCAAGAAGUUCAUCGAGUUGGCCGCCGAAAAGGUCACCGCCGCCCAGAAGAAGGCCGACGAACUACAAGAGAGCAUCGAGGCGACUGCCACUUCGAGUAUCGAUGACUUGGAGGCUACCGAGACUCCCGAGUCUAUCCUGCUGGCCACCGUCUCGGGAGAACAGUCGAGGGAUCGCACCGAGCGCGCCGUUGUCACCCCGUGGCUCAAGUUCCUCUGGGAAGCCUACCGAACCGUCCUCGACAUCUUGCGAAACAAUGCAAGGCUGGAAAUCCUCUACCAGAGCACUGCUAUGCAGGCUUUCGACUUUUGCCUCAAGUACCAGCGCAAGACCGAGUUCCGCCGUCUCUGCGAGCUUCUCCGCAACCAUGUGCAGACGGCGGCCAAGUACUCGAGUCAGAUGCACGCCAUCAACCUCAACGACCCCGAUACCCUGCAGCGGCAUCUAGAGACUCGCUUUCAGCAACUGAACGUCGCCGUGGAGUUGGAAUUAUGGCAGGAAGCGUUCCGCAGUGUCGAGGAUAUCCACACCCUUCUCAACCUCAGCAAGCGCCCGCCCAAGAAUGUCAUGAUGGCCAACUACUACGAGAAGCUCACCCGCAUUUUCCUCGUCGGCGAGAACUACUUGUUCCACGCUGCGGCUUGGUCUCGAUACUACAACCUUUUACGUCAAUCCGCCGCUCUGGUAGCCACCGGGCAAGGCAAGAAGGGUGACAAUCCCUCUGCGACCGAGGCUGAUCUGCAGAAGGCUGCAUCUUUCGUUCUUCUGUCCGCGCUGUCGAUUCCCGUUAUCAGCACCACGAGGUCACGGGGUGCAAUGGUCGACUUUGACGAGGCCAGAAAGAACAAGAACUCGCGUCUAACACACCUCCUCGGCAUGAACACUGCCCCCACACGUGCUGGCUUGUUUCGCGAUGCUCUCGCCAAGUCCCUCCUGAAGCGUGCCCGCCCCGAAAUCAGAGAUCUCUACAACAUUCUCGAGGUCGACUUCCACCCUCUUUCCAUUUGCCAAAAGAUCUCGCCCAUCUUGGCCAAGAUUGGUACUGACGCCGAGAUGGAAAAGUACAUUCUUCCUCUCCAACAAGUCAUCCUUACCCGGCUUUUCCAGCAACUAUCUCAAGUGUAUGAGAGUGUUGACCUCGCCUUCGUGGAGAGCCUGGCCCAGUUCCCGGAACCUUUCCAGAUCACCCGUCCGACUAUCGAGAAGUUCAUCAUGAACGGUAACAAGAAGGGAGACCUGUCUAUCCGCAUGGAUCAUGCCACUGGUGUCCUCAACUUUGACAAGGACGUUUUCGCUUCUUCCAAGGCCGUCCACGCCGGCUCAGCUGCUGGCUCUUCUGAGAAUCAGACCGGCACUGUUCAGCGUCUCCAGAGCACCCCCUCAGAGAUCAUACGCACACAGCUUUCUCGCCUGGCAACCACACUGAACACCACCUGCUUCUACAUUGAUCCCUCAUACAGAAAGCGUCAAGUCGAUGCUCGCCAAGCCGCUCUGGCCAGAACCAAGGCUGGGGCUGAGAAAGAGCACCACAACACCCUUGCCCGAAAGGAGGUCAUUCAGAAGCGAAAGGAUGAGGCCUCUGAAUUACAUGCGAAGAAGGAGAAGGAGAAGGCGAGACAGAAGCGACUCCAAGAGGCAGCACUAGCUGAGGCAGAGGAGCGACGGCUGGCCCAAGAGCAAAAGGAUCGCGAGGAGAAGCGUCUCAGAGAUGAGCGUGAUCGCGUACGUAAAGAGGAGCUCAAGAAGCAGAUCGCUGAUCUCAAGCUUGGACCAAACUCAGUGGACAUCGAUGUCGAGAACCUCAAUGAUAUCGACAUUCGAGCCAUGAAGCUUGCUCAACUCGAACGGGAGAAGAAUGACAUCAAGGAGAGACUUCGAAUCACCGGCAAGCGUAUUGACCAUCUUGAGCGUGCGUUCCGGAAAGAAGAAGUUAAGAAACUCUCUGAGGAUUACGCCAAGCAGCGAGAACGCGACGUGGCCGUCUACGAGGCCAUCAAAUCGCAGACUCUGAGCGAGACCAAAGAGAAACACAAGGAGAGCGUGGAGCUGAAACACCGUCUUACCCGCCUGAUGCCCUUCUACGAGUCUUACAGAAAGUCCCUUCACGACCGUCGCAAGGACGAAUUCGAGAAGCGCCAGCGCGACGCCGAGCGGGAGCUCGACAAGCAGAUUGCGGCCCGCAAGAAGGAAUACCGGGACCGUAAGCUGCGAGAGAAGCGAGAACGCGAGGAACAGGAGAGAUCCCUCCAAGAGGCGGAGGAGCGCGCGCAGAGAGAGAAGGAAGAACAGGAGCAGCGCGCCGAACAGAAACGACAGGAGAUGUCCAAAUUGAAGGAACAGCGAGAAAAGGAGCGCCAGGAGGCUUUGGAAAAGGCUGCCCUGCAGGCGAGGAGAGAAGAAGAGGCCAUGCAACGGAAGCAGGCCGAGAAGCAGAAGGGUGGCCUGCCCGAACGCCUCUCGGAGCGCCUGCCGUCUCGUCGCGAGCCAGUGGCCAUGGAUCGUGUCGACUCGAACGAACGGCCUGCUGGGCCACCUCGUCUCCCACUCCAGGGUGCAGGUGGCAAGCCGUCGUGGCGUGAGCGCGAGCGGGAUGCGUCUAUGACCGGUGGACCUCCUGCUGAGUCCAACGGACCACCUGUCCGCAGAGCUACGCCUAUGGAGCGAACGGAGUCCAACGAGCGUCCCGCAUCCACAGGACCCCCUCGUCUCAACCUUUCAGGUAACAAGCCAUCUUGGCGUGAGCGUGAGGCUGCCCGGCUAGCUCAAGAAGCCGCAGGCGGCCCCCCGAAGGAGAGCGCUCCUGCAGCCGAGCAGGCCGGGCCAUCUGGUGAGGCGCUGAAGCCUUCAGGUGCGCCGGGCAAAUGGGUUCCCCGGCAUUUGCGUGAGAAAUAG